UUAAAAAUAUGCAGGGUACCUUUUUAUCAAACCAAAAGUGUUUAUUAGUUUAUCGAUUAGUUUUAUAGCGGGAAUUUUGAACGGCAAUGUCGACCGCAAUGGACGAAACAAGUGCUAGGCCUACACAUCAAUCAAAUGAAGAAAUCCAAAAGUUCAUAGAUAUGGCAGAAAACCACAGGUUUUUUGAGGAUGUAGAAGACAUCGAUGGGAAAGAGUUGCGUGCCAAGUUAUCCCAACUAAACCAGGAAAAGAUACAGAUCAAGAAAGCAUUUUCAGUGCAAACAAUUUCAAAGGAUAUGUUUUUUAAAUACUUGUGCCGGGACAUUCAGAGCUGGCCAACCCAGAAAGAAUCAGAGGACCAACAAAUGCAGGAGGUUACUCAGCGCCUUAAGAACUGUAAAGAGUCCAUAGACCAAGAGAAGACAACUGCUGAAGAACUCGCAGCCUGUGCAGAGGAGAGUUAUGAAAUGUUGAAGACAAAGAUUUCAGAACUAAAGGAGAUUGUUUUAAAGAGGGAGCAAAAGAAAAAAGAGUUGGAAGAACUUAAGAAAAAAGCCAAUGUAGCCAAUGUAUCUAUCCCGACAAAUCUGAAAGAAGCUAUUCAAAGUCAGAGAGAAGCAACUGAAAGAGUUGAAUCAGAAACAGCAAAACACCAAGUCUCUCUCACUGAGGCCAAAACUAAUCAGCACAGACUGCACGUAAAACUAGCAGCUGUCAAAGACAAGCUGAACGAGCGGGAACAAAGCAAGCAGAAGUCUCAAACCAUCACAGCGAAAAGAGCCGCAGUUCUGAAGGAAAAAAUCAAAGAGAAUACUGAGCUGUUGAAUUAUAUCAAAACUUUAUCCGGACUCCGGGAACUUCCUGUUGAGGAUCCAGAUUCAAUCCGACUGGAAUUUAUACCUGAAGGAGAAGAGGAUGCCAGUCUUAAUCUCACAAUGCAUUUUGCUGUUGAUCUCAGUGGCAGAGUACAUCUUACAGGAGCUGAGGUAAAUAUUGAGUCACUGCCCAUGGAUGACCUCAUUAGGACAGCUGUGGAGAAGAAUGACCCAGUUUUGUUGAUCUGCAACCUGAGGGAGAGAUGGGCCUCGUAUCAACCAAUCGUAUCUGAGAUCAAAAAACUCUCAGAAAGACAUGCAGUUGACUGGAUUCAAGAAGAAGGUGUUGUGAGGGUCCUUUUGGGGAAACGAGGGACUGUAAUUUGUACCCUCUCUGUACCUAAGACCUACCCCCAGGAAGGUAGUGUGUCCCUUGUCAGUGUCCAUGGAGGCUACGGAGAUGACAAUACAAUGGAUGUUGAUGAACCAGCUGCAGAGAAGAAAUCACUGCAACAGUGGGUGGACUAUUUAGAGGAAAAGUAUGCAAAAUCUUGAACAGUUCAAAAAGAAAUCAUUAUUGUGGUACCGGCACAUUAAUUUCCUGUAAUGUGUAAUAUUACCGGUAAUUAGUAAAAUAUUGUGGAAAUAAAAUUUGAAAAAACUGUA